AUGGACCCCAGAACCAGUUCCCAGGAUGUGAUACGUUGUGACGUCUGUACGACUGCUGUGGUACAGAUGCACUGUGAUUCAUGUCACGUUAAUCUCUGCAAGGCUUGUGUAGGGGAACACAUUUCAACUGAUGAUCCCAAGAAUCACCAAGUUGUCAAAUUUCAGUUAAGAAAUUCUACUCUCCUCUACCCUAAAUGUGCAUCACAUGAAAAAGAAAUAUGCGUGAUGUAUUGUAAAAAAUGUGAAAUCUCUGUCUGUCCCACUUGUGUCAAUCAACAUCGCAAUCAUAAAAUAUUGAAUAUAUUGGACUUUCUAGAGAAAAAGAGAAACAUGAUAGAGAAGGAGCAAAGUGAAUUAAAAGAAACGAUCUAUCCUACUUACCAGGGAAUUUUUUCAGAACUAGAAACCAUUAAGAUUGAGUUAGAAAAGGAAGCUGAGGAUCUUUUAACAGCCAUAACGAAACAUGGAGAAUUCUGGCACUCAGUAAUCGACAAACUUGUCGAUAGACUAAAAAUUGAUGUUAGAAAACUGAAAGACACAAAGACAGAUAUAUUACAAAGAAAAAAGGAUGAAAUUAACAUGAUUAUUGUUGACAUAAGAAAUGAAAUUGAUUUGCUUGAUAAAGCUAUCGACUCGAACGACAUUUCAGAAACUUUAAGUGUGAAAUUAAAAGAUCAUUAUAAAAAACUUCCACCAAAACUUAUUUUCUGUAAAUCUAAAUUCACACGAGGUGAAAUUCAAGAGGGAAACAUUUUAAAACUGUUUGGAAGUUUAACAGCACUUGGUUUUAAGAUGGAGAAGAAUGGCUACCGAAUGAAAAACACACAAGAAUCAACCGAGGAUGAAUGCUUUCGAGAUAUCCCAAUUAAACCAUCAGAAGAAAGAUCCUUAUCUUCAUUCAAACAAGAAUCACUGACAGCAGAAUCCUCUUUAGUUUCCCAAGAAACUGAACCCCUUUUUCCCGCCAAUCAGCAUUUACCAGCAAUUGAAUCUACUCCUUCAACUAAAGAGAGGUCAUCAGAAGUUCGACAUCGACCUCCAGUCCCUAGGAAACCAAAAGUCCCUCGUUUGGUCAAAUUAAAACCAUCAGAAUCUGGUUCCCGUACUCCAGUCCCUUUGAAAUCAACAGACUGCGGAUUAGGUCAUACAGUCAAUCAUGAAUCAGUUGAAAGUGGACAUCCUUAUUUAGACAAAAAACUGCAUAAUGAACCAGCGAUUUUCAGCACAGAAAUUAAAUCUGUUAAGUAUAUGAUAAAUAUUGCCUUUCUGGGCGAUGAAAAGAUAUGGGUAUGUAAAGGUGAAAUUAUCAUGGAACUGUAUAGCGUUAAUAAAGGUUUUUCGCUGGAGUCGAUUACAACCAGGUCGGAAAACAUCCCAACAGACAUAGCGGUGACAAAAAGUGGAAAUCUCAUUUAUACUGAUAAGGGGGAUGGAACCGUAAACAUUGUGAAAAAAGGAAAAACUCAAGAGUUGAUCAGAUUACAGAACUGGAGACCAAUGGGUAUAUAUAGCACAUUUGAUGAUGAUCUACUGAUUACCAUGGAAAAUGAUGAUCAUAAACAAUCAAAAGUUGUCCGAUAUUCUGGUUACUUAGAAAAACAAACAAUUCAGUUUGAUGACGAUGGUAACCCACUCUUUAUCUUUGGCGGUUUUCAAAACUUUAUAUGUGAGAACAGAAACCGUGACAUCUGUGUGGCUGACUGUGGAGUUAGAGCACUAGUGGUUGUCAAUCAAACCGGGAAGUUCAGAUUCAAAUACACUGGACACUCUCCUGCUCCAAAGAAUAAACCAUUCAAUCCGACAGGAAUCACAACAGACAGUCAAGGUCACAUCCUUACAGCUGAUUAUGAUAAUUAUUGUGUCCAUAUCAUUGACAAGGAUGGACGGUUCUUACAUUUCAUAAAGUUUGAACACAUUCAACCUUAUAGAUUGUGCACAGACAGAGAUGACAAUCUUUUUGUUGCCGUCACAGUUUUAAAAUCGUGGCCUCCAGACACCGUGAAGAAAAUCAGAUACCUGUACUGA